UAUCCGUUUUUUGUUGUUCCCAAGAAAUAUCUCAGAUAAGACUCAUCACCUGAAUCUGCCAAUUUCAGUUCAAGCCAAAACCUCUUCUUUAUGAAAUUUCAAUGGAGUUAGGAUUUGAUUUCAACUGAAGAUAGCCUUUUUCUUAUAUUUUGUGCCGCUAAAAUAUGAGUAUUUUAGCUCCUUUUCGAGGGAAUUUUAGUCCACUGUCGUCUUUGUCAUCACAGUACAGCUCUUGCUCUCAUUUCGAGCUUCGUUCCCCGCCUUUCUUAGCUUCUUUGGUUUUUUCUCGGCGGAAGAAACGGUGUUGUAAGGACUUAAAUUUGUACCAUGUUUCGAGGUUUCAUGGAAAGAGAGGAAUUAUUUGUAGAGUUACAGAGACGCAAACUGAACCAGAUAGCAAUAAUGAUAAGGAAAAAGAAGAACAUGGAGGAGGAGAAGCACCGCCUACCACAGAUUCCAUAGAGCAAUCGAAUUCCCAGCCUGAUUCUCAGCCUACAGUUGUGAAUCAAAUCACCAAUAGUGAUGGGGAAACUAGUGCUGAAGGUGCCACCCAGGAAACUGAUGCUGUAGAAGUUGUUAGUGGAUCUCCUCUUCCAGGUGUGAAGCCUCAGCAACUGGAUGUAUCAGUAAGGAUUCCUAAAGGAACAAUUGAUAUUCUUAAGGACCAAGUAUUUGGCUUUGAUACUUUUUUCGUGACAAGCCAGGAGCCAUAUGAGGGGGGGGUCUUGUUUAAAGGUAACCUGAGAGGACAGGCUGCCAAAAGCUAUGAGAAGCUAGCAAACAGGAUGCAGAAUAAAUUUGGGGAUGAGUAUAAACUUUUCCUUCUAGUUAAUCCAGAGGAUGAUAAACCAGUGGCAGUUGUUGUUCCAAGAAAGACCCUGCAGCCUGAAACUACAGCGGUCCCAGAGUGGUUUGCAGCUGGGGCUUUUGGAGUUGUUACAGUUUUCACGUUACUUCUCCGAAAUGUUCCUGCAUUACAAUCCAACUUAUUAUCAACUUUUGACAAUCUCGAGUUGCUAAAGAAUGGCCUGCCUGGAGCUAUUGUGACUGCACUUAUUUUGGGGGUACAUGAACUUAGCCACAUAUUAGUUGCAAAGAGAAGUAAUGUUAAGCUCGGAGUGCCAUAUUUUGUUCCAAGUUGGCAGAUAGGCUCUUUUGGUGCUAUUACAAGGAUAGUAAGUAUUGUGCCCAAACGUGAAGACCUUCUAAAGAUUGCAGCAGCAGGACCUGUGGCUGGGUUCACCUUGGGCUUUGUUCUUUUUCUUCUAGGAUUCAUCUUACCACCUAGUGAUGGUGUUGGUCUUAUCGUUGAUGCUUCUGUCUUUCACGAGUCAUUUCUUGCUGGUGGUAUUGCUAAACUUCUUCUGGGUGAUGCACUCAAGGAAGGUACUCCUAUAUCUGUUAACCCUCUUGUGAUAUGGGCUUGGGCUGGACUGCUUAUCAAUGCCAUCAAUAGCAUCCCAGCAGGAGAGCUUGAUGGAGGGAGGAUUUCUUUUGCCAUAUGGGGAAGAAAGGCUUCAGCUCGCUUCACAGCUGUCUCAAUUGUCCUGCUUGGUCUAUCCUCACUGUUUAAUGAUGUGGCAUUUUAUUGGGUAGUUUUGAUAUUCUUCUUGCAAAGAGGGCCAAUUGCUCCACUCUCUGAGGAAAUCACUGAUCCCGAGGACAAGUAUGUUGCCCUUGGAGUCAUAGUUUUGCUCUUAGGAUUGCUGGUAUGUUUGCCGUACCCUUUUCCUUUUACAGAUGAAGUCAUUUCAAGUUUCUAGUGACAGUCUGAUACAGUUGCCUCGCCCUUAUACUUAAUGUCAACCAUGUUUUAGAAACUUAGGUCCAUUGGACUAAGAAUUUUGUUAAGUAAACACUGGCCAAUAAAUUAGGUGAAAUAGAAAUAUAUGUGUACUUAUCUA